AUGAACGCGCGCGCCUGCGUGCUACUGGCGCUCUUCGCUUGCGCGAGCGCACGCGACUGCUUAGAACUCACCCUAUCAGACAAUACCAUUCUAUCCGAUAGCCUUUUCAACGGGACGAUACUGAAGUUGGCCGCGAAAAAUGAAUCGGUGGACGUCAGUGCCAGGGUGGACGUUCUGGGAUUGUGGGAUAAGUUCCCGAAGAUUUUAGUGCCUUUGAACGGGACCAGCGAACAGUGUAGACGGGAUGGAAGGCUCUUUUUGGACAGCCUGGAUCGGUUGGAGCUGUGGGCUUUGAAAAUGUUGGAUGCAACAGCGAAGCCUCCAUCUGGCUUACUUAGUGGUAACGGGAACCAAUAUGGCGAUUUCGACGAAUGCCUCAGCAUCGACGCCUCGGUCCGCGGCAAAUACUGCCUCGCCUCAUUACAACUGAACAUAGCGAAUAUGGGAUACGAGAAAUUGGAUUAUCUAAUACACAGUGGACAUUAUAUCAGAAGUAAUAUUACAGAUAUGGGUCACCGGGUGCCAAGAUACUCAAGCCUCCUUUGGGGUGUCUGUAUACCAAGUUCCUGCAGCAGCUUCGACCUGGAGGAGGAGUUGUCCCACAAGCUGUCUGAUCUCGGUGUAACCGUGAGCGUCCAAAAUACUAUGUGUACAGUGAAGAACUUCCAACGACCUUUCUCUUUCGGAAAAUCUUUGGCUAUAUCAUUUUUCCUCGGGAUAAUUCUUCUUUUGACCGUUGGAACUGUCUUCGACGACGGCAAGGAGGUCACCACUAGCUUCGAGAAGUUGCUUAACGCGUUUUCCUUAAAACGUAAUUUAAGAAAAAUGUUUGAUCUAUCAGAUUCCGCGACGCGGAUCAAGGGCGUCGACGCUUUUAGAGGGGUGAAUGCUUUUGCCCUUCUUGUUGCCCAUAAGUCCAUGGCGAUGGCUCACAGCCCUUAUAUCAACAAGACGAUUUAUUCUGAGGUGUUUGGUAUGCCAUGGGCUGUCAUUGGGAGAUCAGCUAUCGUAUACACAGAUAGUUUUCUGUACCUCAGCGGGUUUUUAAACGCUCACAACUUACUCCAAGAUCUUGAAAGGAAGGGCACUAUUGAUGUGAAGAGUAGACUGCUGUCAAGAUGGUUCAGGCUCUUUCCGCUAUUCCUAAGCUUGAUGCUGUUCUGCACGUAUAUCCUGCCAGAUUUAAACAACGGUCCCCAGUGGAGCUUGGUGGUUGAAGAGCAUAGCAGAGUCUGCGAGAAGAAUAUGUGGAAGAGUUUUCUCUUCAUACAUAAUUAUUUCGGGUUUGAGGAAAUGUGCCUUACACACACUCAUCAAUUAGGAAUCGAUAUGCAACUCUACGUGGCCACGUUUCCACUAAUGCUGAUAUUAUGGCGGUUCCGACGUUUCGGUCUUGCAUUGAUAGUGGGUAUCGCAGUUGGGUCUACCCUCCUACGUUACUUGGCAACGCAUUGGUAUGACAUUAGCAUGUUCGUCUACUACGGAAUCUCAGUAUCCAAGCUACUAGAUGCAGCAAGAUACUCCUACAUCCUACCAACACAUCGCGCCACAAUCUACCUGAUUGGAGUUAUGAUGGCAUAUUUUAUUAAAUCUAAGAAAUCGUAUAUUAAACUCAGUGAUACUCAAUCAAGACUGCUCUGGUGCCUCUGCUGGGGUGUAGCCAUUUUCACGAUAGUGAGUCCCUUUCGAAUGGGCCUCGAAGGCUAUAAAUACGAGCACUUCCCAGCCGCUAUGUUCGCUGCGUUUGCGCCGAUUCUUUGGGGACUGUUCAUGUGUAUCGCUCAUUGGUGCAUAUGCAAUGAUUAUGCAGGCAUCGGAACAGCAUUCGUCGAGUCGCGAGUGUUCAAGUUCUUCAACAAGAUCGCGUACAGUGUCUACCUCACUCAGUUCCCGAUAUUCUUUUAUAAUGUUGGCGUGCAGAGGCACUCUGAGUAUUAUACGCCAUACCUCCUUCUCCAAGUCCCAGAGAUGGCGGUAGUGGUGUUGAUUUCUAUAAUCGCUACCGUCACCAUCGAGAUGCCUUUCAACCAAGUGUAUAGGAUAUAUUUUGGAAAAUCACAGACGAAGCUAAAGGACAAGUGA